AUGCUUUGGAGUCCGUUAACUGAUGAACUAAGCUUCUGCACCCAGAUGACGGAAAAGAUGCAAACGCUGAUUCGAACAACCACUGGGCCAACAAAGAGGCAGGUGCUACGGUGCGUUAUGACGCUGUUUGACCCGCUUGGUCUUCUUUCGUCAUUCAUCAUUCAUGGCAAAAUACUCAUUCAGGAUCUGUGGCGAGCAGGAACUGAAUGGGACGAGCAAGUCGGCGAUGGGAUUUUCGAAAAGUGGCAGCGGUGGAUACAGAUGAUUGGUUACAUCGCGAAUAUUCGAAUCCAAAGAUGCUAUUUCCCUCAAGCUACUGGGAAAACCUACGUGAAUUCCGAGGUGCAUGUUUUCGUUGACGCUAGCGAGGUGGCGUAUGCGUGUGCCGUAUAUCUACGAACCUAUGAUCGAGACGGCGAUCCUCAGUGCAGUUUGAUAGCUGCAAAAUCGAAAGUAGCUCCGUUGAAGCCCUGGUCGAUUCCCACAUUGGAGCUACAAGGAUGUGUUUUGGGAGUUCGAUGGUCGAAAUUCGUCCGAGACAAUCACGAUGUUCCUGUCACCAACAUAGUAUAUUGGACCGACUCUAGAACGGCAUUAACCUGGAUAAAAGCAGAUCCGCGCAACUAUAGGCAGUUUGUUUCAUGCCGAGUGGGCGAAAUUCUGGAGCACACGGUAUCCAGUGAUUGGCGGUGGGUCCCGUCUAAAUGCAACCCGGCGGACGAAGCAACAAAAUGGGGCAGCGGGCCGUACUUUGAUCAGUGCAGUAAGUGGUUUCAAGGACCGAACUUUUUACUUCUCCUAGAUUCCGAGUGGCCGCGGGCUAAAGAACCCGCUGCUGACACAAAAGAAGAAAUGCGAGCAUCGAUCUUACACCACUACUCUGAGGAGCCGGUUAUAAACGUUGGCCGGUUUUCGAAUUGGAACAGGAUGCUGCGAGCAGCUGCAUAUGCACUGCGCUUCAGUCAUAAUGCUUCGAAAAACAACCAAAAUUAA